UUUUCUCGUCCACAACUUUCAUUUAUAGUACAAUAACACCAGUUAAUAUAAAUGGAGGAAGAAACUCUACCCCUUUUUAGCCUAUAUAUCAUUUGAAUAUAUAUAUAUAUAAUUCCCUUCAUGACAAGUUACUAUUACUAAAGUUAUACUAUCUUUUUUUUUUUAUGGCAAUUGUCCCUUUUAUUACUACAAACAUGAGUCAAUCCCAACAACAACAUCAACAACAACAAGAUGAUGAUGAUAACAACAACAUCAACAACACUAUUAAAGGAGAUGAUAAUGAUGAUGACGAUGAUCAUGAACACGACAUGGUCAUGCCUGGUUUUCGAUUUCAUCCUACUGAGGAAGAGCUUGUAGAGUUUUAUCUUCGCCGUAAGGUUGAAGGAAAACGUUUUAAUGUGGAACUCAUCACUUUUCUUGAUCUUUAUCGUUAUGACCCUUGGGAGCUUCCUGCUUUGGCAGCAAUUGGAGAGAAGGAGUGGUAUUUCUAUGUGCCAAGAGAUAGAAAGUAUAGAAAUGGAGAUAGGCCAAAUAGGGUUACAACAUCAGGGUAUUGGAAGGCUACUGGAGCUGAUAGAAUGAUUAGAACGGAGAAUUCGCGGUCCAUUGGCCUGAAAAAGACAUUGGUUUUCUACUCAGGGAAGGCUCCUAAAGGCAUAAGAAGUAGUUGGAUUAUGAAUGAAUAUCGUCUUCCACAUCAUGAAACUGAACGCCUACAAAAGUAUUUUCAGGCAGAAAUUUCACUUUGUCGUGUCUAUAAAAGAGCUGGAGUGGAAGACCAUCCAUCUCUUCCAAGAUCACUACUAACAACAAGAGCAUCAUCAUCUUCUUCUUCUAGAGGAACAACUCCCAUCAAAAAACAACAAGUAGCACAACAAGACUCAUCAUUAAUCUCUCCGUUGUACCUAGGACAAUCUUCCCAACAACAAAUCGACGAAAAAUUAAGUACUGAAACAAGUGCAAGUAGUACUAGUACUGAUCACCAUCACCAUCAUCAGCAUCAUGUUGCUACAUCACUCGGGCUCAAUUCCCUCUCAAAUUCCUACACUAACAUCGCGCUAGACCCUAUUGGGAGCGCGGUUAAUAUCACUACAUCAACCUUAACACCUUUCACAUCAUUAGUAGCAACAACAAAUAAUACCACUGAUGAUCUCCAUAGACUAAUAAACUUAGACCAAGUCGUCGCGUUUCAUAAUAAUCAACACCAUUUUCAUCCUCCUCCUGGUGUUGUGCCCCAACAAUAUCCUCCUCCAUUAUUACUGCAACAACCACAAUCUUUACUUCAUCAAGGAUCACUUCCAUCUUCCGCGGCCGCGGCUUUUUCAGACAGAUUGUGGGAGUGGAAUUCAAUUAAUCAAACAGAUGGAAGCUGCAAAGAUGAUCAUUAUGAUCAAGGCAAUAAUCCCUUCAAGUAAUUUCAUCAUCACUAAACUGCACAUAUACAUAUCAUAUAUAUAUAUCUACUGAUAUUUAUAAUUUUACUAGCUAGCUAGCUAGCUCUAUGAUCAAAUUAAAUAAUGUGUGUGUGGGAUCUUAUUGUUAGGGUUUUGGUUAGUUCUAAUUAGUUAGGGUACUAUUAUUAAGCUAUUGUAAUCUUUCUAAUUACUUUUCUGUACUUGAUGAAAUUAGAUAUGUGCUAAUUAAGUUAGCUCUACAGUUCAAUUCAUCUUCUUAGGGUUUGAUUUUAAAUUUUAUGGGGAGUAUAUAUGGACUUUUUAAA